AUGGGUAAAAAAGGCGGUAAGAAAGGCGGGAAAAAAGCGCCAGCAGUGGUAAACCCCGAUGAUAUAAUUCCCCAAGACUUACUAGACCUCACUGAGCCGCAGCUGCAGGAGAAAAUAGAAUCUUGGGAGUAUAGGAGGAAUAAGGCUGCUACGGAGAGGAACUAUAUGGAAAUGGAAAGAGAUUUGGUGAAUCGUUUUUACACCAUAACCAAGCGAGAGAUUGAGCAGCUGGAAGCCGCCAUUUUGUGUAAAGAGCGACAAACGGAAGUUGUGGAGAAGGAACAUCGAGUGAAAAUGAAAGUUCACGAACAUAAGGUACAUAGCCUAGUAUAUCACCAAACAAGGGAGAAUGAGGAUAUCACUAAAGAGGCGGAGGCUUUGAUUAUGGAAGAGGAUGACAGACAUAUCAAACUGCUUACUCAAUGGCAUGAAGAAAAUGAAGCAUUGAAAGAAUCUUUACAAUCUAAGAAACUCGCGCGUGAGGAAGAGGUUAAGUUGAUGGAGCGAGGAUUUGCAAAAUCGUUGGAAAAGCUGAAGGAGACAUAUGAGUGUAAUCAAGCUCAGCUGGAGGAAGAGUGUCGGGAUGAAGUUGAAAAUCUUGGGCGAGAUCUCGAAGUUCGGAGAAGAGUUGAGAUACAUGAAAUGAGGGAACGGAAGAAUCUUCAUAUGAAUGAGUUAACGGAGAACCAUAAUGAAGCUUUCGAACAGAUAAAAGGAUACUAUCAAGACAUCACGCAGGACAAUGUUAAGCUGAUACAGAGCAUGAAGGAUGAGAUCGCACUGAUGCGUGAUAGAGAGAAAGCUAACAAGGAAAGAAUGACGCAGCUCAUCGCGGAGAACAAGACGUUAUCCGAGCCCUUAGCGGAGAAGGAAGAGGAACGUGCUAAGCUGAUGGAACUUCUGAAGAAUUACAGUACUGAUAAAAUUGCGUUGGAGAAUCUGCGAGGCAGGAGGGCUAUGCUCGAGAAGCGGUUGAAGGGAGUGAGGUCAGAGUAUAGACAGUCAGAAGAGAAAUUGAAGAAAAAAGAAGAAGAAUUAGAGGAAGUUAUGCGUCGCUUCGCUAAGAGUGUUGAUGAGAUAAGUCGAAUGGCUGAGUUGAAGAACGUAGCACUGGAGAAGAGGCUCGACGUCCUUGAUAGCACUCUCGCUGAUAAACGGGGCGAGUUGAAGGAGAAAACAUUACCGGAGUUCGUUGCGGCGAGCGAGAAGUGGAAUGGAGUGACGCGGGUGAAUACGGUGAAAUUCGGUGAGGUUGACUGCACUAACAAUAAGGAGUUGCGAGAGGCAUUGGAUGUUCACUCGUACCCUACGAUAAGGAUGUGGCCAUCACGUUCGUCGGAGGACUCGGGAGAGUUACUUUACACGUAUCGCGGCAUCCGCACUCAAGAGGCCUUCCUGAACUACCUUGAAUUCAUGUCCCGAGACAACGUUAGAUUGGCGCACUCUUUGGAAGAGAUACAGGCAUUGUCGGAGGAAGAUGUCUACUCCCGUGUAAUCCUCAUCACUCGCGACCUCCAGGCUGACCGUAAGACGUUCGACUUGGUAGCCGCAACACUGAAGGGCCAACACUCCUUCUUUAUACUGGCAUCGGAAUCUACCACUGACAUUUCUGCCCGAAUCGGGGCUCGUCACUCUUGUGACUUAACCAUGGGAGCGUGCCUGGCUGUUGUACCUCCUGUGGAGUCGACCGUGUUUGGAGGGGAGCAUAAGCAGACAUACGCUGAGGUUAUCCGAGCUUCUGAAGUGAUGUUCGCCGCAGCCACGUUGCAGCAUUGGAUCGAGGCUCAUGCGUUUCCAGGUGUGUGGAAACUCGAUGAGAGUAACUCUGCGGGAUUCUUACGAGGCCCCCAGGAGGCAGUGGUGAUUGCUGUUGAUCUCAGUAGUGAAGACCAGCAACACAACGCGUGGUUAGAACUACAGCAAGCCUACGUUAAUGAUAGCCUGGCUGAACACUUCCGUUUUGGUAUCAUUGAUGGUGUGUAUUGGGCUACUACUUUGAUCAGCUGGGGAAUACAUGAAUACGAUCUACCGAGAGCGAUCGUGUUAAAGGGCAAUGACUCCGACUUGUACUGGGAGGACGCUGAUGAGUUGGCGGUCGGCGACUUGUCUCGAGGCUUGGAGGCUAUCAUCAGCGGCAGACUACAACCGCGCAACAGACGGGAUAACGUUGUGUUGAAUAGGCUUGCAAAUUCCCUCUAUCACCCAGUCCGUCACUUUAUAUCACAGUCGAGCCUCCACCUCAUUGGCUCCCUGCUCACACUGUUGAUACUCCUACUAGUGGUGUCGAGGUGCAUCUACGAGACAUGUGGCCUCAUCUUCAUCGCGGAUGAUGUUGAUGUUGAAACUGAAGAGCAGCUUGAGAGGAUACGGGCUAUUACCGCGGCGGCGGAGCGAAGGAAGAAAAAAGAACAAUGA